CUGGAUAUCGGCGACCCUUGACCCUGGUCUCUGUUUCCCUGCAGGAUGGCUCCCGACGCCCCCCUGAGCUGCAUCGUGAGGGGCUGCCUCUAUUCACAAAGCCGGAGGUCCCAGCUGCUGGGGGUUGCUCUCCACUCCUUUCCCAGCAAUCUCAGCCGGAUAAAGCAGUGGUUGGUGCAGACCGGCCAGGAUCACGGCGACCUGGACGCCUUCGCGCGGCGCGUUCUGGAUUGUAAAAAGUCCGAUACUUUUCGGCUCUGCUCUGCCCACUUCGAGCCGGGAUGUUACUUCAUCCAAGGCACCAAGCGGGUUCUGCGGCCGGACGCCGUGCCCACCAUUUUCCCAGUUAGGAUUUCUUCGUUGGGUGCGCCGGAGGACAGCUCACCCCGGGCAGUACGAGAGGAAAACCAGGGAGAAGCGCAGCCGCGAUGCAUCGUCGCCGGCUGCCUAAACGGCGCCGGGUGUAAGACGGUUCCACCUGGGGUAGCGCUGCAUGGAUUUCCAAACAACAUGCUGAGGAUUAAACAGUGGCUGCGGAAAACGGGCCAGGACUUCGGAGACCCGGAAGCCUUCACCCGGCGCAUCCUGGACGGGAAAAAAAACGAUAGUUUCCGCAUCUGUUCUUCCCAUUUCGCUGCAGAAUGUUACGUCAUUCAGGGCAAUAAACGCGUCCUCAGGACUGACGCUGUCCCAACCAUUUUCCCUAUUAAGGAAGAACCGGUUGAAGUGGAUUGUAAGCCACCCCUUCCUCAGACCGGACCACCACCUCUUCCACAUCCUCGCCCACCGUCCCUUCCUCAGACCGGACCACCACCUCUUCCACAUCCUCACCCACCGUCCCUUCCUCAUACCGGACCACCAUCCCUUCCUCAGACCGGACCACCACCUCUUCCACAUCCUCACCCACCGUCCCUUCCUCAGACCGGACCACCACCUCUUCCACAUACCCACCCACCAUCCCUUCCUCAGACCGGACCACCACCUCUUCCACAUCCUCACCCACCAUCCCUUUCGCAGGCUGGCCCUCCGUCUCUUCCCCGGAGUCACCCGCCGCCCAUUCCACAGCCUACAGCGCUUCAGGCAGGGGUUUCAACGCCACGUAGACCCAAAGCCAAACAGAAGAAAUCCUCUGACGCGCGUUACGUCGAUGCAUCAACAUCCACCCCGGUCAUAACCACAAGAGACAUCAGCACGCGCACAGAUAUUUAUCAUAAAGUUAGACAUUUUGGCACACGCACUGACCCCCACUACGGGGUUCGAAACGUGGGCACACGCAUUGAUCCCUACUUUAGAGUCCGACACGCCAGCACGCUUACCAAACCCGUCGCCACUAAAGAUGCCGCCACCUCCACGUUCUUCCUAAUGCUGGACUCCUCCACGUCCACGGAGCCGAGCGCUUUCACAGCGGAGAAGGGGGUCCAGUGGCCGGAGUUCGAACUGAAUUUCGACGGCGAGCCUUGGAAGAUCCAACACGACCAUCUUUAUCAGGCGAGUUCUUUGAUGGCCGGGAGACCCCGUAACCUCCAGUCCAAGUGGUCAAACCGAGAGGCAGGGACGGCCCAACCGGAGGAAACCCAUCUGGGGAACUGGGUAAAUUCCCACCAAACAGACCAGGAGAAAGCUUUCCACCCCGGCAAGUUUCUGAAGCCCGGGAUUCACGCGCUCAAGAAUUACGCAAUAUUUUUGGCGCUUGAAAAAGUUCUGGUCUCGCUCAUGCAGCAUCUGAGCCACGCGGUCAGGAACACCGAGGACAAACUCAAGACAAAGAUGAUCUUAAAUCAAGCCCUGGAGAUCAUCUACCUGCUGACAGGGGAGGUGAGCGGCCAUAACCUCGGUCACUUAAAGCGUGGUUUACGUGGCUCACUAAAGUCCACGGUGCCCUCGAGAUGCUGA